UGCUCAGCCGGCGCGACACUUCACGCGUAUAAACACGAGAAAAGGAGUCCCGUCGUGUUUCGAUCGGCGUCGAUAUGCGCUCGCUUUCUCGGCGAGUGCAAACAUCGAAACCGGAGAGGGAGGGAGAAAGAAAGGAAGGAAGGACUUUUAGGAGCGGAGAAGGCAGGUAAAGCGCGAGGGAGAAGAAUACGGAACGGGGAAGUGGCGAGGCGAGGAGUAUUAUCGAUUCGCCGGGGCUCGUGAGUUAACGGUUUGUUUACACGAGCACGGCGACGGGCGGGGAGCGGACGGAGUGGGAUGCGCGCAUGCGCCGCGCGGCCAAAACAAUAAUAACAGAGUAGAAGCAGAAGGUUCAUGGCUGGCGGACGGUCGCUCGUUCCUCGCGUCUCGACACGAACUCUCGUCGAAGCCUGUCGAUCGAAAGUCCGCGCGCGCGCCACGACGAAGAGUUGACCUGCCGUAGUCGUCGCCGUAUUGUUGUCCAACGGGAAACGAGAGAGAAAAAGGGAAAACACGCACAGUCGGACGGCCGUUUCGCGCCGCGCACGUACGUUGCGACACGGACCGGUGCUUCAAAGAAGAGUAGGAAGUAAUUCGCGUGGGACAGAGUACCAACUACUACCUCGUAAUCGUGCGGCAAGGCAAGUUCUCCACUUUAUUGAUACUCUCGAAACCGCCGAAUUUGUUAUCUCGAGAGGCCGUGUCGCGCAUUCGGCGUUUCUCUCUCUCUCUCUCGAGAAACUGUUAUCGAAAUAAGAACCACAUUGCGCGGCAGGUUCCGCGAAAUCCUACGGAAUUGUGAUCUACCUCGAAGUAAAACAGUGAGCGAGAGAGAAAGAGAGAGAGAUACAUAGAGAAGGAGACACGGUGUUUAAUUCGAAAUCCGCGAGUGCGCAAAGUGUUUGAUCUCCUCGCGACCGAGCAAUCCUUCGCUGUUCGGUCCUCUCUCUCUCUCAUACACACACACACCUUCGCGUUACCUCAUCGUCGGAGCGAAGUGCGUACGUUGUGUAACUCGAGCGACCAUCAUCUAGUCGGAGAAAGAGAGGAAGAGAGAGAGAGAUUCGGACACUGCGUUCGAUCGCCGAGCUCGGAAGCAAAACAAUGCGCUGCUGGUGUAGCACGUAGUCGGUGUGCAUCUCGUGUGUGUGUGCGUGAAUGCACGUAUACGUGUACCUGCCCGCAGCUGCCGCGCGGGCGCGCUCGUGUGUGUUUGUUUAUGCGCGGGGCUAGCAGUCGCACGCUCGUACUCGCGCGCGACGUUCAUUCAACAGUCAGCCGCGAUUCUACGCGGUGGACGUUGUCGUCAUCGUCGUCGACUCGACCGUUUCGAAAGGAGAGCGGUGAGGACGCGGCGCGAGGGUAAUCGCCGCGCGUAUUUGGCCAGUGAAUCACGCUUCGACCCGUUUGAUUACGGCACGGACGCGCCUCUCGCCGGAUACGACGUGCAUGUAUAUAUAUUCGUGCGCGCGCGCUCUCGUAUUGUUGUGUGACGUGUCCUCGUGCACUACGUGCGGACCGAGAGAGAUCGGCUGGCUCUAUAAUUAUCGCGCGUGCAUCAGACAACGACCGCCGUGGUGUGUGUAUCCUUCCGUCGUGGGAAAAGAAAAAAAAGGAGGAAUAUCGUCCGGGUUUCCUCGUUCUCGAGGGAGAACCAGUUGCUUUGAUUUUUCUCUCUUUCUUUCGCUCGACGUGAUUGACCGUCCCGUUUUCCUCCGGAAGAAAACACCGCGCCUCCGUUCUUCUCCUCCAUCAGCAUUGUGCCGCAGGAGGAACCGUCCAGCGAGGGUAAACAGACAUCGGAGAGAGAGAGAGAGGUCGCAACAAUAAUACCGCCUCCUGUUUUUUCUUCUACCUGACACACGCCCCGAAGAUGCCGAGCGCCGAGGAGACGACGUACCAUCUGAUCAGCGUGCCGAUGCCGGACGGGGCGCAGGCGGACGCGUUCUUGGCGCGCGACGUCGACCUGCUGGUCUCACAGAUCAAGGAGAAUCUGCGGUUGUCCAGCCUGAAGGCAAAGUCCAGCAUCAGUCACAAAAACAGCCGGCCGUCGCCGUACCGGGUGCCGGCGCGGUCCUGGGCAGACCCGGCCGCCGGCUGCGAGGUCUGCGGCCUGCGUCCCAAUCAGCAACAUCAUCAUCAUCAUCACCACAUGGCUCACCACCACCACCACCACCACCACCACCACCAUCACCAAAAGAGGAGCGAGAGGAACAGGGUGGACGACGACCCGUACGAGGUUCUGCAGGAGCUGCUGCGCGAAGGCGGCCUCAUCAAGGAGGCGGUGAAGAGGCUGCAGGCGAAUCUCGACGAGCUGUCGAGCUCGGAGGUGGAGGAGGACGAGGAGGUGGUGGUCGAUGACGAGGACGACGAGCGGCGGAGAUCCGGCGGCUGCUACCGCCGGAAACCGUACUUCUACGACUCCGAGGACGAGCCGUUACCACCGAUGUACGAGCCGUUGGAACUGUGAGGCUGCAGCAGCAGCGUGCUUUAGGCGGAAGAAUCUAACGUCCGUUCCUUUGCUUUCCUUUGUGAGCGACCUUAGUGUCUCUCCUUGGCCUCCCAACAAUAGCGAUGAUCUCUGUCCCUUCACGCGGAGGUAAGGACGGAUUUAUCGCUCGGCGCGCCGGAGUUCCUUCGAGGGAGAAGAACCAGGAGAGUCUGAUCCGCGAAAAAAAAAGGUUGCCCCCCUAUCUGUGCGCGAGAACGUAACGUUGACGUGCGCUCGAACGCCGCUCGUAGACGCGCAAUUAGGCGAGAACUCGCCUUACAUGGGCGUGUUUGUAAAUACGACGCGUUGUCGGCGCUGCGUGCCAGCUCGCUCGCCCGCUUCGUAAUGCCGAGAUAGCUGUAUCGACGCUCGCGGGCCUACGUGGAAGACUUAUGGCCGCGAAUCGCUCCGUCACCGUUCGAAACGCGUACGCCGGACGUUCCUUUCUCAUAGAGCGCGCAACCGUGUUGCGUACUAUGUGUCGCCGAUACUCGUGGGUACGGCUCGAAAUUAUUGUAAGGAAAAAAAAAGAAAUAGCUCCCACAGGUAAAAAUUAGCUGUCUAUAUGAUAAAGAGAGGACUGAAAUUUAGUUGAUUUAUAGCUAAUUCUUCUUGUUCUUGUUCUACCUAGUUUCAGUUCUCACAGCUGAAAAACUAAGGUUUGAAAACUAAAUUUCAGUUGUAUUAUCAAGGUUGCCGGAAAACUGGGAAAAAUCGUGGAAAUUUAAUACUCCGAGUCAGUCAGAGUCACUUGUGUCCGGAUUAUUGUGUAAAGUGUUUGUUUCUUAAAAUGAAAUCAUUAGGAAUAAAAUAUUUGGCAGUUUAUUGUUGGCAAAACAGCUAUGCGGUCUUCAAGUAGAAAGGUAAAAGAAAUUCCGAUAAUUUUGGGAAAUUUUUUUCGAACGAUUUAAGAAGAGGAAAAUUGAGGAAGAUACAAAUGACCUUGAUUGCAAAUUCGGAGAUAGUGGAGAUACAUUGUCGCUCGAAAAGUUAAAAAAUGUCAGGGAAAACCUGGAAAAGUGGGAGAAAGAUGUAAAAAAUGUGGAAUUUUUAAUUUUACUCGCAAUUCUUUUAAAUGCUCUCACAUUGUUUCCAAUACUCAUUUAUUUUUCGUUGGCCUGAAUUUACACUCAGAAUUAUAUUAUGUUACUAAAUUUUUAAGUUUACAUAGCUUCUAAUAAUAUAAGUUACAUUUUCUGCAAUCUUUGCUUCUAAACGUUAAAAUUUAACAUUACAUAUUGCUUAUGGAAAAUUCCCUGCUUUAGGCAACAUUAGAGAACAAAGAAGCCAGGGAAUUGAAAAAUUCAUUUUCUAUGGCAACCCUGAUUGCACGGACAGCUAAUUCCCUUUUUCCGUGCGAAGAGUAUCGCGUGGUGAGGGUGAUCGCAUCAGCUUGUCACAAUUUUACGCUACAGGGUGAUUCGAAAAAGAAUCGAUUUACUCGCAUCGCUUGUCUCGCUGAUAUUUUGCGCGCCUAAUAUUAUUAUCGGUAGAUAUCUCCCUCGGUAGGUCAGCUUGCACGUCAUGACACGUCGCGGUUCGCGACGUACAAUUGGUUUCGAGGAGCGAAAUGAAUCGCUUGAAAUGAUCGCGACAAGAUACGUUGACUGAACAUUCUUGCUCUAUUUUCCACUGCAUACACCGCCGCACGCACGCACUGCGUGCCGUCUUAGGCUCUGAAUCACCCUGUACGAUAGCGUUCGAUACGCACACUUGACGUGUCCCGCAUUGUGCUGUGUUCUCCGCAUCGUAUCGCCGAUAUUUGUCGGCAUCUGAAUUGAUUAAAAGAUAUACAUCGCGGGUGAGAUAAUCGGGUCACGCAGUGUGUCCCUUUUCCACGCGUUGCGAGCCGUCAGGAGCCGUCAUCUCGUCGUGUCAAUUCGUCAAUAUCGUUUUUUUGCGCGCUCGACGUUUCGAUAAUUAUUAAGAUACCGACGAAACAUCGUUAUCGCUGUGCGCCAGUGGAGUGGAUCUGUGUCGUACAACCGAUUAAUCAUCGAGGCUGUCUCACUCGAGCCGUUUUCAAUUGCCGAGCAGAUUCUCUCGCCAUGUGGGGCGCGCGUUUACCACCCGCAAAGAAACGCGACAUGGUAGGCACAUUGAGAAUCUCCCCUAAGGGAGAAUGAAAGAUUCCGAGAGGAUCGAUGCGAAUUCAUCCGAACCUUAGGAUCAGGAUCUUGGAAAUUUCAGGAAGAAAUCGGUCUCGAGAUGCAGCGCUUUCUGCGUGUUUUUCCGGUUCACAAUGCGAUCGUGCCGAAAGAAAGAACAAUCGCUCGGCUGCGAUUAGGCGAAAGUGAUGUCGGCGGAGUACACGUAUCGACGAGGAUGUCAGGCAGGACCGUCGAAUCCCCCCUCCCCGGGGAUUACACGAUCCAAUUCGAGCGAGUGAGAAGCGCGACGGAUAAAACGCGCCCGUGAUCGAUCAACGACUAUCGUUGCCUUUGCAUUGUGCGGAAGCAUUAAGGGCACAAACGUUGCGAGAAAAGAGAAGACACACACACACACACACACACAGACACGGUGAUCUCAUUUAUUUUUUCACGACGCGCGCAGCGAGCGGACCAGUCGAUUGACGAGGCGAGGCGAGAUCAUUCAUAGCUUAGCUUAGGCUCGGUUUAGUUCCCUACACAGCUGUGUCUUUAACCCUAAACGGUGUGAAGACACCUGUCGCGCGGCGGCGAGAACGAUAAAAUGAAUGAGAUGAAGCCGAAGCUCUCUCGGCGUCCGCAAGGAUGUAUCCUGAGAAAUGAAAUACAUUGCACGUACAAGCGGACGCUCUCAAGUUGGAAGUGCGGCUUCCCUUAUCGAUCAAGCCGUUAGGUACCGUGAAGGUAUAACGAUAGAAAUUCGCGAAUGAGAGGAUUUUGGAGGCUCCACGUUGGAUAAACGUGCGCCUCGAACUAGAACGACGUCUCUCGAACGACAGGCCUAUAAAUAAUAACAGGCUUUGAGGAUAAAAAAAGGAGACGUCGACGGGAUGUCGGCUACAUCGUUUGGGGUUAAUUCGGCGCACUGGAGUAUUAACGGAGGAAAUGAAAAUGUCAAAGAUAUAGAUAACGUCCACGUUGCAGAUCGGUAAAAAGAAGAGAAGUGGAAGGAAAGGCGAAAAGUUAAAUGGAAGGAACACCGCAGGGACGCGAAACGUCAACGUGGAUUUGUAUAAUAACGUAUAUAGCUUUAUAUAUAUAUAUAUCUGUGCAUGUUUUAGUGCAUAGUUACUUAUCGCUAUCGAUCGCUAGGAGAUACACUAUUGAGAUGUUACACACACACACACACACACACACCGGUACCCACAUGUGUAAGGACAAUGUAUGCGUGUAAGUUUCGAGCAAUGACGUGUCGCGUCACGGAGAGACGGUAGAGGAAAAAUCCAACGGAAGGUCCUGCGUGGCAGCUGUGACGUCACGAGCUAACUUAAUUAUUGAAAGAGUGUGUUGUUACUCCUCUCGUACACGCCCAUCGCUAUCGCCGAUAUCGUCGCGAGUCCGGCGUUAUUUCUAAACCUGGCAAUCAAUUAACACAAAUGAACCUUCGAUUAUUCCGUCGGUCGGCUCGUGACGUCAUCGAGUGCAACGCGCGCGCGUCCGGGAUUUUAUAUAUUGUAUAGAGAGAGAGAGAGAGAGACAGAGAGAGACAACAAUGCGGGGUAUUGGUAAACGUGGUCGCCACGGUGACGCAAUAAAACGACACUCGUAGCGAUACGUAGCGGCAGAAGAAAGAGACGAUCGUGCGUAGCGAGCGCGGCUUCUCGUCAUUUUCGUCGUUAUAGCCGCCUUAUCCGACUAAUUAGAUAAGUUAGCAAUUAGUACACAUCGCAUACCUACCCACUGCGAGCUGGGCGGAUGAAUUGCGUCAGAAUUCCACAGUUCCGACGGAGUGCUUGUGUGUCUCGUGUUACUUGAGUGUGUACGAGCGUGUGUGUGUGUGUGUGUGUAUGCGCGCAUGCAUGUGUGUGUAAGAGAGUUACGUUGUAGUUUCUUUCAUUCUAUUUUUUUUUUUUUUCUAUGACACGAUGAGUGAGCGUAGUCCCUCAUUUUCUUUUCUAAGCGUUUCGCUGUUAAGGAGGGUGCAUUACGGAAAACUAUAUCUCGUUGUGAUCGUCGGGCUCGCACGUCCGACACAAGUCUUACUGAUUAAUAAUGAGAAUAAUGAUAAGGAGGAAAAAUGAUGAAAAAUAAAGAAGUUCAAAGUUUCAAAUGCAGA